AUGUCCGCCACCGAACUCUCCUUUGGGAUCAUGAUCCUGCUCCAGUUCGGCAUCGGGCUCUCAGUCAACGUCUUCCUCCUCCUGUUUUAUGCCCGGGUGGUGUCCGGCAGCCACAAGCCCAGCUCCUCGGACCUGAUCCUCGCCCACCUGACCUUGGCCAACACCAUCAUCCUCCUCACCAGUGGAGUCUUAGAGACCCUGUCAGCGUGGGGGCUGAGCAAUUUCCUGGACGACGUCGGAUGUAAGAUCCUCAUCUACCUGUACCGGGUGGGCCGGGGCCUGGCCAUCUGCACCACCUGCCUCCUGAGCGUCUUCCAGGCCGUCACCCUCAGCCCCGGCACCUCCCGGUGGGCGGGGGUCAAAGCCAAAUUGCCCAGAUAUAUCAUCCCCUUCUGCCUCCUCUCCUGGCUCCUCAGUAUGUUCAUCGAUUUCGAUACUCUCAUCUACAUCAUAGGCCCCCAGAACAGCAGCAGCGUUCGGAUCGUACUGGAUCUUAAAUACUGCUCAAAAGUCCACGCUCGCGCGGACGUCGCCCUGAUGAUCGUGAUCGUGCUCUCCUUACGCGAUCUGUCCUUCGUGGGGCUCAUGAGCUUGGCCAGCGGCUACAUGGUGUUUGUCCUGCACAGGCACCGCCGGCGGGUCCGGCACCUCCACGGGCCCGGACGUUCUCCUGGCGCCAAGGCCGAGGUCCGAGCGGUCAAGAGAGUGGUCGCCCUGGUCACCCUCUACGUCCUCCUCUACGGACGGCAGUCGGUCAUGCUGAGCGUCAUCUUAAACACGAAAGAGAGGUCUCCUCUGCUGGUCAGCGGCCACAUGGUGUUUCUUCUCACCUUCUCGGCCUUCAGUCCCCUCCUGAUGAUCCACAGCGACCGGAGGAUGAGAACGUUCUGGAAGACGGAAUCCCCUGAUUCCUCAUAG